AAGAGAAAACUCAAUAAUGAAAAUUUCCUCUGUUAUACCGAUGUGACAGCUAAAGUUUGCAUCAGAAAAGCUGAGAGGGCUAAAUUUAUUGUUUGCCAAUUUUUAUCAAAUCUAAUCUUCUAAUCUUAGAGUUUUCGGUAGUUUAUGUUGGAAAAGUAGAAUAUAGGUAGAUUAGGGAGGAUCAGUUUCAUACAAAAACAUGCAUAACUUGACAGUUCUUUUUGUUUGUUAGAUCAGAAUAUUAUACAAUCUUCUUUUGGAGUAUUGAUUGUUACUUAUCAUAAAUAUUUGCACAAUAGUGAAUAAAUUUUUUUUAUAUUACGAGUUCUAACAAUUUUUGUUAUUACUAAUAAAUCAUGAGUACGUUAGAAGAUAAAAUAUUAGGUGAAAAGAAAGAAUAUUAUUGUAGUUCAAGUGAAGAUGAAGACGAUAGCCAUGACGAUUCAGAAAUAGAAGAAAAUGCAAAUGCUGAUUUACAAAAUAUUUCAUGUUCUGAAAUGAAUAAUAUUGAUACAUGGAAUGGGACUUGUAGUAAUACUGGACCAAAAGGUGUCCUUCAUGAUUGGAAGAAAUUUAAACAAUUGGAGUCUGAAAAGAAGGCUCAGAAUGACGAGCAAUAUUUGAAACUAUUGAAAAAAUUUAGUAUGUCUUGUAAGAGCUCAUUAGAUGAAGAGAAAGAGAAAAAUAAUGACGAGGAAUUGGAUGAGUUCCUUGAAGAUGAAUUCUUGGUUGAAUAUCAGAGACAGAGAAUGAAAGAAAUGCUGUCUAAAGUACAAAAAUUUAAAUUUGGCACUGUAAUUAAUUUAAACAAUGCUGAUGAGUUUCUAAAAGCUAUUGAUGAUGAAGAUAAAUCUGUAACUGUAGUAGUCCAUAUUUAUGAACCAAAAAUUCCUGGUUGUGAUGCCAUGAACGGUUGUUUAAUAACCUUAGCUGAGGAAUAUCCUCAUGUAAAAUUUUGUAAAAUACUUGGAUCUGUAGUCGGUUUGAGUAAACAUUUUAAAAAAGAAGGAGUUCCAGCUAUUCUUGUAUAUAAAAAUGGCCAAGUAAUUGGUAAUUAUGUUCACGUCACCGAUACUCUAGGAACGGAUUUCUAUGUAUCAGAUGUUGAAAACUUUCUCCUUGAAAACGGAAUAAUAAUAGAUAAAAAUAAUAUUCCUAAAAUAAUUUCAAAUAACAUUGAAUAGAAUAAUAACGGAAUUGAUGAUGAAUUUAAACACCAGAUAACGACUAUCAUGAUCUCAAUUCAAAAGAAAAUAAUAUUAAAAAAUUUAAAAAGUUUAUUAUUAAGGUACAUUUUGUAUU